AUGUCAAAGAGGAGUUAUGAUACAAUUGUUCAGAACAAAUGGGAAUCAUCAAAAGAAAGAGCAGUGAAGUUGUUCAGUUCAAGCGCAUCAGGAAAUCAGGCAAAAUCUACACUCUCGCUAGAUUGUCAAUUACCAAGGACAGCUCAUUCUUUACAAACAAUUGGAGAGCCAGUGAUAUCGAUAGUGCGCCUUGGCUCAUCAGGAACAAUAACAUGGGAUUUGCUUUGCUCAUAUGCAAAAGCAGAGAGAUCAGCAUUCAUCGAGGCAUAUCAAUGGAUCUACCAACUGAUUGGAGGAAGUGAUCAUCCUUUCGAAAGUGCAGUUCGUUUAAUCGAGUCUGGUAUCACAAUUGACAAUUUCAAAUAUCUAGUCGAGCAAAGUUACCAAUACAGUUAUAAUGACUUUAUUGCUGCAAUCGAUUAUCAUCUACCAUUAUUUGAAAUGUUUAUGGAGCAACCUAUCACACCUAAAAUCUAUAAGGAAAUCAAAGAACGCUCUCUUUUAAUACUCGGCUCAAAGAAUAAUUCAUUUGUUAUAAAUAGCCUGCUUGAUAAAAAGGAAGAUGUGUUUGACGGUAAAACUUAUUGGUGUUAUUAUGAUUUUUUCCCCACCACACCUUUAGAUCUAAAGGUUUUAAAGAGGUUUCACGACAGGAAUUUGAUAUCUAAAGACUCAUAUAUCAUUAAUAAGCUUGUUCCAUAUCGAAUUGAAAAGAUACCGGAUCUUGAAGUUUAUUCAUUUUGGUUGGACAACUAUUUAGAUCGCCAAUUAGAUUUUCAGAUUGCAUUUGAUAAGUUGCAAGAAAAUUACAAUAACCAUCCUCUCAAUGUAUCUACCGAGCAUCCUUUCGAUAUUUUGAAAGCAAUAGCACAAGACAUAUUUAAUAUCUCCUCUUCACCUGUUGAAGUUAAUCUAACUACUUUCGAUACUUCUUCUGUUGGUAUUCCCAAAUUGGAUAGCGAAUUAGAGUUUCAUUAUGGUAAUAUAUCCGAAUUUCCACCUACUAAAUCAACAGAAAUGGAGCAAUACAUGAACGAAUACUAUCCAUUAGUUUUGAAAGGAUGGGAGCCCUUUAUGCCUGACGAUGACAAACAACUCCCGAUUGUGCAGUAUUUGUUAGAAAUUACAUAUCCAUUGUUGUCUGUAAAUGGUGCAACAGCAUACAGGUUGGAGAGCAUUUUCAAAAGUUUCACAUUUUAUAUCGCCGUUGGUAAUGGACUAAUGGAGAUUGUACAAUUCAUGAACUCGAAAGUCAGUAGUAGCAGUUUCGACAGCGCUUGGAUUGAUAAAUAUGGUUUACCAAUAGAGACUGCUCUUUUCAACCGACAGUACGAUAUGAUGGAGUAUCUACUUCAAACACGACCAACCGAGAAGCUGACGAAAGAGAAUAUCGAGAUGAUUGGCGAGUAUGGUGAUACCUAUGCCUACCGUAUCUUCCUGCAACACAGUCCCGAUAAUUUUUGUAUAAACGAACUCAUAUAUUUGGCCGGUGUCAAUGGAAGAGUUGCAUUGAUCAACCUGGUAUUGAGCGAUGGUAAACUCACUAAAUACAUUCACUCUCAAACCAUUGGCCUGAAAGGAAGAUGGUAUGUCGUAAAAGCAUUCAUGAACAGCUCCGAUAGUCAACUGAACAAAACCAACUUUAUCCACAGUAUAUUCAGAAACUCUGCCAAGAAAAACAAUCUACCCAUUCUUAAAUUAAUCAAUCAACACUAUUCAUCUUAUUUAGUUAAUGUAAAAGUCGAUCAAGUUUCAAUAGUGGAAUGCGUAAACAACAAUGGUUAUGAAACAAUCAAAUUUUUAUCAGAUUUUAUUUACAUUGAUACAAAGUACCUGAGGGAGGUUAUGCAUAAAAGUCCAGAGUGGUUAGCAACCUUCAAAACUUUAAUGGAAAAGAAUAAAAAUAAAAAAAUUUAUUGUUUAUAA